ACUUCCGGUUGGGUGUGAUCCUUUUCGAAAGGACCAUCUAGGAAAUAGAAAAAGUAGUUGUGGAUAUCUAUAUUCCUUUUUGUAACCAGGACUGUUAUUGCAUUCAUUCCAAUCGCUUAGAAAAUGUCCAAGUCCUUGAAGAAAAUCGUGGAGGAGAGUCGGGAAAAGAAUUUCCCAGAGGUGGAUAUGUGUGACAGGGGGAUAUCAAACAUGCUGGACGUCCAAGGACUAUUUACCCUUUCAAACAUCACACAGCUGGUACUGAGUCACAACAAGCUCACAACUGUGCCUCCCAACGUUUCGGAGUUGAAGAACCUGGAGGUGCUGAACAUGUUCAACAACCAGAUUGAGGAUCUGCCCACCCAGAUCAGCAGCCUGCAGAAACUCAAGCACCUCAACCUGGGGAUGAACAGGUUGAGUACUCUGCCACGUGGUUUUGGUUCUCUGCCGGCUCUGGAGGUGCUGGACAUCACCUACAACAACCUGAAUGAGUCCUCCCUGCCUGGAAACUUCUUCUACCUCACCACCCUGCGCGCACUCUAUCUCAGUGACAACGACUUCGAGAUGCUGCCCGCAGACAUCGGCAAACUGGCCAAGCUGCAGAUCUUGAGUCUGAGGGAUAACGACCUCAUCUCUCUGCCCAAAGAGAUUGGGGAUCUGGCCCAGCUCAAGGAGCUGCACAUCCAGGGCAACCGCCUCACCGUCCUGCCCCCUGAACUGGGCAACUUGGACCUGACGGGGCCUAAGCAGGUCUUCAAGGCGGAGAAUAACCCCUGGGUGACGCCCAUCGCCGACCAGUUCCAAUUGGGGGUAUCCCACGUCUUCGAAUACGUCCGCUCCGAGACCUACAAGUAUCUGUACGGCCGACACAUGCAGGCCAACCCCGAGCCGCCCAAGAAGAACAACGACAAGUCCAAGAAGAUCAGCCGCAAGCCUCUGGCCGCCAAGAACAAGUGAGCCCGACGAUGGACGGUCAACGGCAAAUACAUGGCGUCCCAAAAAACAAUCUACGCACACUUUAAACCAUUGCAGAGUACGUGCUUAUUAAUAUAGAAAUUAAUUUUAAUUUUCAACAUGUAAUAGAAUUGACAGAUAUCAAUAUAUUUUUCUGUCACCACCUAUUUUCAAAGUGAGAAAGUGAAUCUAUGCCAUGAGACCUACAACAGUUUGUGAAAGUGAAUGCAGACAUUGAUAGUGAAUGCACGGAAUGUUCAAUAGAAUUGUGAAUGGGUUGCAUUGCCAGCAGGGCCUGGACCAGAAUGGAUGUUAGUUUAAGUGGUGACAAAAACAAUAAAAUGAUGUCUGUAAAUUCUAUCACUUUUUAGAAGUUAAAUGAACUUUAAUAGACACCUGGGGUGAGUUUCUCAAAAGGGAAGUUGUUAGCCUGUUAGCAACUUCGGUAGUUGCCAAUGGGAAAAUGCAUUGAAAGCAACGAAGUAGCUAAUGUAGUAAGCAACUUUGGUUUUGAGAAAUUCACCCAUGCUUUGCAACGCUUUUAAGUGUGUAUACAGUACAUUGCUUUGGGACAUGCUGUGUGGCGGACAAACGGUUCAAGAAACACGCUGGGGCCUGUCCAAGCUGGACUUCACUGCAUGUGCCUUUACCCCAAAAUAUCGUUUUUUUGUAUUUAUUUAUCCAACACUGAGGAAAAAAGUACAUUUUAUACGCCGUGUAUGUGUUAUGUAUUAAUCAUGUUACACUGUAUUGUUUUUUUUAAUCUGCUGCCCACUACGACACUCUUAAGCUUUCAAGCAGGCCUUUGAUUCUGAUGUUCAAUGUCUGUCCGUACUAUAUUGUUCUACACAACCUUAUUGCCCUUAUUGCAACAAGUGGCCUUCAGUUAAGUGCAAGAUUCAGCAUUAUAAAUGUAAUGCCUCUUUCCUACCAAAAACACUGUCUUUGUCCAUAAAGUGUACACAAAACCAAAGCAAGUUUGUGUGUGAGAUUAACCGCCUAACACACACACACACACACACACACACACACACACACACACACACACACACACACACACACACACACACACACACCUUCUGUCACAUCCAACUUUCCCUUAUUGUUACAAAUGUUUUACAAGUCGAGCAAUCCACUUUUUCUCUCCCCUGUGCUCCAAGGAUCAUGUUUCAAGUCUUGUUCCAAGUCGGUGCUAAUUAUUUGGUAUCCAUUUCAUAUGCCACCCAGAGAACCAUCUGUCUCAGCCACCACCACCACCACCACACCACACUACACCUCCUCCCCCUCCUCCUCCUCCAGAGGGGUCUGCAGGGGUAUGGGGGUAUUAUCCUGCUCCUCCACCCCUGGCUUGAUCUGACUGAGUGAGCUCCCACAAACAAGGCCAGGCCAAGCCACGCUAGACAGGCAGGCAGGCAGUGUCAUCUCUCCCCACUAGAGCGAUCUCGUCUUGCCUUGCCUUGCCUCGCCUCGCCCGGGCUUUGCCCGACCAGGCUGUUGCCGUUGCAUAAACGGAAGGGGGAUUUUGCUCUGGCUUUAGAGGGUCUUAACUCCGUCUGUGAGGAGGUUUUUGUAUGUGCAGUCUCCCCAAGAGAGUGGGGGGUAGAGGGGGUGGAAUACGGUUGGGUGGGGGAGUUUAGGAGAGAGAGAGAUGAGAGGAGACGAGAGGGAGAGUAGGGGAGCCUCCUUUCUUUUAGCCCUCUUUGGCAUUGGCAGCCUUUACAGACAGAUAGCAAUGGUUUUGCUCUGUGAAUGCUGUUGUUUUUUUCUAUCAUUAUAUUUUUUAUUUUUUAUAACAAUUGCUUACUUGUUUUCCUCUCAGUUCCUGUUUUGCUGUCUCAUUUUUAGAAGGCAAAGAUGUUAUUACAGCAAAGGGACUUUGUGUGUCCAUUGUCCAUAUAGUAUACCCAACAGAGGAGUUCAUCUUUUGUGUCAUGGGGGCAUACUGUAGUCCAUUGUAUUCUCGAUGGGAUACUACUGUCUGCAUGAGUCGGAGUCGACAAAAGGAGCAAAACAUACUGUUCCUAUUUCAGCCAUCAAAUGACUUAAGUUUGUUCGGUAACACUUUAGAAUAACUACCUAUUCACAGCUUUAUAAACACUUUAUUAAUAUGUUAACAAACAUUUAACAAAACUUUUACAAAUGUUUGUAAAUGACUAAUAACCAAACUAUGACUGCACAGUGGAGUGGGAAUCAACUUCUACUGUGUGAGUUUUAUGUGGUUUCAUACCUUCUGGUCUUUGGAGGAGAAACUUCCAGGACCGACACGACUGCGCUGUGUCUGCUAUGUUAACAUAGUAUUUCUUGCCCAUUUAUACGCAUUUGUAAACAUUUUGUUGAUUUUUAGUUCAUUGUUGAUAAAGUGUUUAUGAAGCUGUGAAUAGGUAGUUAUUCCAAAGUGUUACCGUUUGUUCCAUAAAAGUAUUAUACUAAUUUUUUCACUUAACUUUGCGUCUUCCGAAAAGAGUCCUGAAGCAUUUCAUCAGUCAACAGAUGACAGAAUGUAUGAAUCAUUUUAGCUUGAUGUACCACUGAACUUCUUUAUGCCACCAUAAAUGUAUUGAUACAUGCCUUUUUUUAGCUGCCAUCAUUUCAGUAAAGCAAUCAUUUUUGUGCAAUUCA